AUGGUGAAGACAAUCUUUGGCUGCGCAGGCCUCUCGGACCAAGGCAGCUUCAGAACGCAGGAAGAGCGCGCCGAAAUCCUCAACAUCCUCUUGGAAAACAACGUCACAAACCUGGACACCGCACGCCUGUAUCCAGGCUCCGAAGUCGCCAUUGGCGCCCUCGACAAGCGCACCAGCUUCACAAUCGACACCAAGCUGCCCGGUGGCUUCGCCCCCGGCAACUUGAGCAAAGACUCGGUGAUCAAAGAUGUGCAAGACUCGCUGAACCGCGUGGGCAUACCCAAAUUUGACAUUCUCUACCUCCACGCGCCAGACCCGACAUGCUCGCUCGCAGACAGCCUCGCCGGGAUCCACAAAGUCCACCAAGACGGUCUCUUCACCCGCUUCGGGCUGUCAAACUUCUCCCCCGCCCAGGUCCAGGAGGUGUACGACAUUGCCAAGGAAAAGGGAUACCCGGUGCCAGAGGUCUAUCAGGGGAAUUACAACCCGGUUGCGCGCCACCUAGAAUCCUCCCUCUUCCCCCUCCUACGCAAGCUAAACAUGUCCUUUUACGCCUACUCCCCCCUCGCCGGCGGCUUCCUCACAAAAACGGCAGCCGAGCUGGACGCGGGCGCCGGCCGCUUCAACCAAAACGUGAUUGGCGGCUUAUACAAGACCAUGUACGAUCGGCCUGCGCUGCGACAGGCGCUUGUGGAUUGGAAUAAGAUUGCGGACAAGGAGGGGGUGAGUAAGGCGGAGUUGGCGUAUCGGUGGGUUGCGCAUCAUAGUGCGUUGAGGGGGGAGGAGGAUGGGGUGAUUUUUGGGACGAGUAGGGUGGCGCAGGUUGAGCAGACGGCGCGGGGGAUUCAAAAGGGGAGGUUGAGUGCGGAGGCGGUGGAGGGGAUUGAGCGGAUUUGGGACGAGGUGAAGCAUGAGGCGCCGCUUGAUAAUUUGAAUCAAAAGGCUUAG